AUUGCACGUCUCAUUGUGGUCGCUAGCUGUAUUUUCCAGUUCGAAGUUCGAGCGUGGUUGCUCAUCUGCUUCGCCAGGAGAUGUCCGGGGAGAACCCCAGAACAUACAGUGGCCUACCUGUACUAUGGCUAUCCGACUCGCCGGAGAACGUGGGUGAGUGAAUAGGACGUUGCAGACAAUCGUGCUAAUGUGAAUGGGAUAUUGAAUGGAACCCUGCAGUCGAUUGAGCUGGGUGAGCGAACGGAAAUUGCAGGCACUCGUGCUGAAUGUGAAUGGGAUAUUGAAUGGGACAUUGCAGCUUACAGGACAUCUCAAAGCGGCAGCUUCGCCUUGCUUUACAUGCACUUCUUUGGUUCUCCUUGGGAAUAUCUGGUAGUAACUGUUGUUACCUACUGCCAUCGGAUGGGAGUUUCUACUUGGGUUUCUCUCCUUUCCGUACACACGGGAGAGGUAGGGGCCACGGUUAUAAUCAGCGGCGGUGGGCCGGUGGCGACCGAGUAUGUAUGAUUGUGAGCAUCACUGUUAUUGUUAAUUGGAAGCUGGUGGAGACGGCGUUGCAGUGUGGGGUGCGUGGAUUUGUGGCACGCUGGCGUGGGCGGCGAUCGGCGAGGGGGGCAGUCGGAGGAGCGGUUGGAUGGGAUGGAUGGGGAGGCAAGUGUGGGAACGAGUGUGUUCCUGUGAGUAGUCCACUAGCCGUUCAGAAGACCGGUGGUGGGUGCUUGGAACAUUCGGUGCGGUAGCGGGUCCAAGUUCGUUUUUCUUUCUCACUUUCACACACACUCUCUC